CUACUCAGACAUCCAACCGGAGACGGCACCGUCGUCUCUCAAAACAUAUAUAAAUACGCCAACCAAUCACCAACGAACAAAAUAAAAAGAAAAAAACUCAACAAUGGAGAGCACUACAGAAGCAGAAGCAAACUCAGCAGCCCUAAUUAAUUCAUUCACCGAAAUUACCUCUUCAUCCAAAGAAGAAGCUCUCUUCUACCUCGAGAGUCACCAAUGGAAUCUAGACGCCGCCGUUUCAACUUUUUUCGACAGCAACAGCAAUACUAUUACUAACAUUAACGCCGUCGACGUCGACGAUGCUGUUCCGCUUCCUUUGGCGGCAGCCGCUACUAAUUCUUCAUCUUCUUCACAACAAUCCGACUCUCCUAAUUACAAUCCUUCGCUCUCUCCGUCAAGGUCGCGGUCUCGCUCUCCUUCUCCUGCGCCUCCGUCUCGCGUUCCUUACCGGUUGCGAUCCCGCGGGAAAAAACCGGCUAAGUCCGGCGGUGGUGGAAGUAAGGUGAGUGGUGGAAUCCGUACUCUUGCUGAUCUGAAUCGUGCUCCGGAUUUGGGGUCUGGUAGUGAUGAUGAUGACGAGGAUGGAGAUUAUCAGCCUGAGCAGUAUUACACCGGCGGUGAGAAGAGUGGAAUGGUGGUCCAAGACCCUAAUAAGAAACCUUAUGAUGCGGAUGCAAUUUUCGUUCAAGCUAAAACUUCAGGAGUGGAAAGACCUAUCGAGUCUUCCUCAACUUCUAGAAGUUUCGCAGGAGUUGGGAGAUUACUCUCUGGUGAGACUGCUCCAUCUGCUGCUCCUCAACCACCUGAAGCUGUCCUUCACAAUGUGACUCUUUGGAGGAAUGGCUUUACUAUUGAUGAUGGCCCUUUGCGAAGGUUUGAUGAUCCUGCUAAUGCAUCUUUCUUGGAGAGUAUCAAGAAGUCCGAGUGUCCUUCGGAGCUUCAACCUGCAGAUAGGAGGUCUCAGGUCCAUCUUGAUCUCAUGAGACGGGAGGAAAAUUACUUGGAACCAAAGAAACGCCAGACUUCAUUCCAAGGAACGGGAAGAACUUUAGGUAACAACAGUGACACAGCCACUGGUUCAACUUCCCCCGCUGCUUCUUUGAUGGCCGCUCCAUUGCCAUCAGUAGGUCUAGUUGUAGAUUCUUCACAGCCAACUACUUCAGUUCAGCUUAGGUUAGCAGAUGGAACACGAAUGGUAUCUCGAUUCAACUUGCAUCAUACUAUUAGAGAUAUACGUGGCUUCAUCGAUGCAUCAAGACCUGGAGGAGAGGGAAAUUACCAACUGCAAGUGAUGGGAUUUCCUCCAAAACAGCUCACCGAUUCGGAGCAGACGAUAGAAGCGGCUGGCAUUGCAAAUUCUGUUGUUAUUCAGAAAUUUUAAACAAAUUCAUGAUGGGAUUUAAACUAUCCUUUUAUUUGUUACUAUGGAGAUUUUGGAAAAUAUAAUUUAGUUAUUCCAAUUGCA